UAUAUAACCUCAGCCAUGAGCCGUGCAGGACACAGACGCAGACUUCAGCAUCUCCCUGACAGAACAACAAGCUCAGCCAUGAAGUUCCUCGUGGUGCUCGUCCUCGCUGCUCUGACCGGUUGCGAUGGCCACCUCAUGAAGAUGCAGCAGCCCAGAAACCAGGUGGACAUGGUGAAAGAUGUUUUCUGGGACUACGUCGCCAAGACAACCGUCACCGCAGAGGGCUCGCUGAAGCAGAUCCAACAGUCUGAGCUGGGACAGGAAGUGAACACCCUCAUCUCUGAGAGCACCGAGGCCAUCAACAAGUUCGCCGACUCCAUGCGCACUCAGGUGGCUCCUCUGACCCAGGAACUCAUGACCAGAUUUACCCAGGAGGCCGAGCAGCUGAAGGCUCGUCUGCAGAAAGAUCUGACCGCUGUGAGCACCAACCUGCAGCCCUACGCCGAUGAGCUGGCGUCAGACCUCCAGAAGCAGGUGGAGGAGCUGAAGAACAACGCUGGGUCCUACGCUGAGGCCAUGGACCCCGAGUCCCUGAAGGCCGUCAUGCUGCAGAAGAGCCAGGAGCUGAAGGAGCAGCUGGACAGGAGCGUGAACCGGCUGCAGGCUCAGAUGGUUCCCAUCACCGAGGAGAUGAAGCACAAGGUGGAGCAGAGUCUGGAGGAGUUUAAGAGGAGCAUGAUGCCCGUGGCCCAGAGCUUCCAGACGCAGCUGACCCAGAAAACCGAGGAGAUCCAGCAGAACCUGGCCCCGUACGGAGAGGAGCUCAAGAUCAUGCUGGACAAAGACACACGGCAGCUGAAGAAGCAGCUGGCUGCUCUCUGGAAGUCCUUCACCAAACUGACCCAGUGAAACAUCUUGUAGGUUUUAAAUGAUCUUCUCAUGUCACCACUGAUCUCUGCCGUGGCAGCGCUGACGUUUAAGAAUAAAGAAAAAGUGCAGUAUCUCGUUUUCUAUGUUUUUUAUGCUCGGUUUGAAAAAUGUCAGUAUUUUGUAUUGACUGUUUACAACUAUAAAAUAUAAAAGAACAUUAAACACUGUGAAUGAA